AUGCUUUUGCUCAGUUGCCUGGCUUGGUUGCCGAUGGGCGUGAUAUGGGCACUUCUAUUUUUCCACAAGCACAAGCGAAGAUUUAUCUCACUGCUUCAGCCGAGUCCCGUGCAGAGCGUCGUGUAUAUCAUGACCGAAUCUUUUGCAGCCCUCUUUGAAGAAAGCGAAUCAACUCUCAAUAUCGACAAAGGUGCCGUUAUUAAAGGUAUCGUUGUUAGCAUCGACUCUGACUGGGUUACUGUUGACACUGGCCUUAAAUCUGAAGGUGUUGUUGCACGUUCAGAAUUCUUAAACGAACAACGCGAACUUGAAGUUCAAGUUGGCGAUGAAGUUGAUGUUGUUGUUGAAGCGCUUGACAACGGUAUGGGUCAAACAGUUUUAUCACGUGAAAAAGCGAAACGUGCUGAAACUUGGACUAAACUUGAAAAAAUCUUUGAAGACGGCGAAAUCGUUACUGGUGUUAUUUCUGGUAAGGUUAAAGGCGGUUUCACUGUUGACAUCGGUCCAGUUCGUGCAUUCUUACCAGGUUCAUUGGUAGAUACUCGCCCUAUUCGUGAUACAACUCACCUUGAAGGCAAAGAGUUAGAAUUCAAAGUAAUCAAACUUGAUGCUAAACGUAACAACGUUGUUGUAUCUCGUCGUGCUGUAAUGGAAGCUGAAUCUUCAGCUGACCGUGAAGCGCUUCUUUCUCAAUUGGAAGAAGGCCAAACAGUUACUGGUACGAUCAAAAAUCUUACUGAUUACGGUGCAUUCGUUGACCUUGGCGGUAUUGAUGGUCUUCUACAUAUCACAGAUAUGGCUUGGAAACGCAUCAAACACCCUUCAGAAGUUGUUGAAGUGGGUCAAGAAGUUACUGUUAAAGUACUUAAGUUUGACAAAGAACGUAAUCGUGUAUCUUUAGGUCUUAAGCAAUUAGGCGAAGAUCCAUGGUUAGCGAUCAUGAACCGUUAUCCUAAAGGUUCUAUCGUUAAAGCACGUGUUACAAACUUAACUGACUACGGUUGUUUCGCUGAAAUCGCUGAAGGCGUUGAAGGCUUAGUACACGUUUCAGAAAUGGAUCACACAAACAAAAACAUCCACCCAUCUAAAGUUGUUCAGAUUGGUGAUGAAGUUGAUGUUAUGGUUCUUGAAGUUGAUGAAGAACGUCGUCGUAUUUCAUUGGGUAUCAAGCAAACUCGUGCGAACCCAUGGGAAGAGUUCUCUAAGUCACACGACAAAGGUGAAAAAGUUUCUGGUACGAUCAAGUCUAUCACUGACUUCGGUAUCUUCAUCGGUUUACCUGGCGGUAUCGAUGGUCUAGUUCACUUGUCUGAUAUUUCUUGGAACGAACAAGGCGAAGACGCUAUUCGUCGUUACAAGAAAGGUGAUACAGUUGAAGCAGUUAUCUUAUCUGUAGAUGCUGAAGGUAACCGUAUCAGUCUUGGUAUCAAGCAAAUGAACAGCGAUCCGUUCAAUGACUUCUUAGCUGCUAACGAACGCGGUGCGUUGGUUAAAGGUACAGUAACUGCUGUUGAUGCUAAAGGCGCAACAAUUAAGUUAGCUGACGAAGUUGAAGCUUCUUUGAAAGCGUCUGAAAUCAACCGCGAUCGCGUUGAAGAUGCAACUAAAUUCUUAGAAGUUGGUCAAGAAGUUGAAGCUAAAAUCAUCAAUGUAGAUCGUAAAUCACGUUCUAUUAACUUGUCGAUUAAAGCGAAAGACGAAGCUGAAGAGAAAGAAGCUGUAGCAAACUUGAAAACAACUACAACUGCGCCUGCAGGUCAAGACAAUGGUCCUAAGACUAUUGGUGAUUUGAUCAAAGCACAGAUGAACCACUAA